ACACUUGUAGUUCGUGUUUUUACGGCUGGAGACUGACAGUAGUUUACUUGACCCAUCAUGGCGACUGUUUUACUUUUAAGUGAGGUUAAUUUAAAAUUGUUCCAAAUUUAUUUAAAGUCUUCAAUAAAUACACGAAAUUUCAGUUUAUUAACGACAAAACGCAAUGUUCUUGCCACGCAAAUACCAGCGAUUUACCACCAACAGAGGUCGACAACCUCACAUAAUGAGAAGGAAACCCCAGCGAAAGUGAGUGCUGCGGUAUUGUCACUUGUUUUAAAUAAAGGCCCUGCCAGUUUACCAACUAGCCAACCAGCCAGAGGAUGUUUUCAUCCAGGCGCAUCAGCCCUAUCCAGAGACACCAUUUCAUUCAAUGGUGGAGAGCCUGUAACUGGCAUGCAAAUGAUUGGUGCCAUGUUACAGUAUAUUUGGCCAAAAGACAACAAAGAGAUCAGAGAUAAAGUUAAAUUAGCUGUGGGUUUACUGAUAGGAGCAAAAUUGAUCAAUGUCUGUGUUCCAUUCAUAUUCAAGUAUUCUAUUGAUUAUCUAAAUCUGCAUACCGGAUCUGUUUUAAAUAUGGGUUCUGCUCCAGAAACAGUCGCCACGGUGGCUACAAGUAUUCUACUUGGAUAUGGCAUAGCUAGAGCAGGUGCGCUUGGAUUUAACGAACUCAGGAAUGCAGUUUUUGCCGGAGUGGCUCAACAUUCCAUAAGAAAGAUUGCUAAAAACGUCUUCCUGCAUUUGCACAAUUUAGACCUGUCCUUCCACUUAAGUCGUCAAACUGGUGCGCUGUCUAAAACCAUCGAUCGAGGCUCAAGGGGUAUCAACUUCGUACUAACAGCCAUGGUUUUCAAUGUUGUACCCACUAUAUUUGAACUCGCACUGGUUUCUAGCAUACUUGGGAUAAAAUGCGGUGCGGCAUUUGCAGGUAUAUCCCUUGGAUGUGUGGGAGUUUAUGCAGCAUUCACAUUAGCAGUAACGCAAUGGAGAACACAAUUUCGUAUCUUUAUGAACAAAGCGGAAAAUGAGGCUGGCAACAAAGCUAUUGAUUCGCUAAUUAACUAUGAGACAGUCAAGUAUUUCAAUAAUGAGAGAUACGAAGCCAACAGAUAUGAUGAAGCUUUGAAAAAGUAUCAAGAUGCGAGCUUAAAAACUAGUACCAGCUUGGCAUUGUUGAAUUUUGGACAGAAUGCAAUUUUCAGUGCUGCUUUGAGUGGAAUUAUGAUUUUAGCUGCUAAUGAAAUAUUGAAAGGUAACUUGACUGUAGGAGAUCUAGUUAUGGUGAAUGGUCUUCUCUUCCAACUAUCAAUACCGUUAGGUUUUCUCGGUAGUGUUUAUCGAGAAGUAAGACAGGCGCUUAUAGAUAUGCAAACCAUGUUUACUUUGAUGUCGAUGGAUACUCAAAUAAAAAAUAAGCCACAAGCGCCAUAUCUGUAUGUUGACACCAAAUCGUCUAAAAUUGAAUUUGAGAAUGUGAGCUUUGAUUACGGACCCGGCAAAUCAAUUUUAAACGGCCUUAAUCUAACAAUCGAACCCGGCAAAAAAAUUGCUAUUGUAGGAGGCUCAGGUUCAGGUAAAACCACUCUGGUUCGUCUUUUGUACCGAUUUUUCGAACCAUCUACUGGACGGAUUUUGAUUGGCGGUCAGGACAUCAAAGAUGUUGAUUUGGAGAGUUUACGCAAGUCAAUUUCAAUCGUUCCUCAAGAUUCGGUGUUGUUCCACGACACUAUCUUGCAUAACUUGAGAUAUGGAGACCUGAAUGCCAGUGAGGAAGAAGUUAUUCAAGCUGCUAAAAUGGCAGAAAUCCACGAUUCUAUCGUUAGAUGGCCGAAAGGAUAUUACACUCAGGUGGGAGAAAGGGGGCUUAAAUUAUCCGGAGGGGAAAAGCAAAGAGUGGCUAUAGCCCGAGCUAUAUUGAAGAAUUCCCCCAUUCUAAUUUUCGACGAAGCAACUAGCUCGCUAGAUUCCAUAACCGAACAUAUUAACAAAUAAUUGUUUGUGGUUAAUUUUUAUUGUUAAUAUUGUAACUUUCACUUGAAUAUCAGAAAUGCGGCUAUUUAUUAGGUAAUAGUUUAUUGGUUAUUUAGAUGAUCUCCCCUGCUAUUAAUACGUUACGUUUAUUUAACACAUUCAAAGAUAAUUUGUUAAUUGUUCUAUUUUUACUCUGGGUUUUAAAUUUAGAUUUCUUCUCAUGCAGUUUAAGGUACAUUAACGUUUUUUUUUUACAAGCAGCUGAUUUGAUAAUUACUUAAAUAUAUUUAAUAUAUGGCAGGAACGAAUACAACUAUAUUUGAUCAACUAAUAGGGUUAACAAAACCAUUUGAAAGCACUUAUAAAACACAAAUAAAAUAUGUUUAUUAAAAACAGCGACACUGCUAAUCAUUUCCAUAUAUUUAUUUAGCUGGCAAGCCAAAUUAAAUAUUUUACUUUAAAAAAGUAGUUGUAUUAUUUGUCAUGAAGACGUGCAAGUUUUAUUUUAAUUUUAAUCACUCGUGUGAUUGAGAAAUCAACGUGUUUUUUGGUUAUUUACUUGAACAUUAUAGCGAAGUUUCUUUGCUACUAAUUUAAAACUACUCUAAAAUGUCCUAUAUCUAUAAGUCGAGUUCGAUAUACUCUAAAAUAUAUCUAACUGGUUAUAUUAUACCAAAAUUUUUAUUGUUUAUCAACUUUAAGUGUUUUGUUAAACAAAUAUUUUAUUUAUUAGUAAUAAUAUAAUAUUUCGUUUUUAAACGAACUAUUUUUUUAGAGUAUAUUUUAUUUUUAAGGUCAACUAUGUACAGAAAAUUGACCAAGCCUUGAACUAAUUAAAUAUUUUAGGGCAAUAAUAAAUUGUACACCUUGUA